AUGGAGCAAAAUGAUUGUUGCAUACGUGAGUUAAUGGAACUUUUGCAGACUAUAAUUAAUCAGGAGAACCCAUAUGCGCUUGCAUUUAAAAACAUGGCAGAAGUUGAAGAUGCAGAAAUUCGUCAAGCUGCUAUAGAAGGUCGACCGAUUUCUGUUGUCAAAAUGUCGUUGCUUGAGGGUUGUGAGAGACGUCGAUACAAUUUUCCAUCACAUGAAGAGGUUGCCAUUGUGUUUGUAGGAAAUGAUGGUGCUCCACCUCCAUCUAGAGAAGUUGUUAUUUAUCCUCGAGGUCAACCCUUUAAAACAAUUUCAAGUAUGUCUGCAAAUCUAGAUCCAAUGAUAUAUCCAAUAUUUUUUCCAAGAGGUGAUGCAGGAUGGCAUGAUCAACUAGAGCACAAUCCUGACCGAGCAACACGUGUUCGAAAUCGUUAUGCUGUUGAUGCAUAUGUCAAGAUUGAAGGACAGCGCCUUGCUUUUAUCAGAAAUAACCAAAACAAACUUAGAAGUGAACAAUACGAUACAUUACAUGAGUAUGUAAAUAAUGUUGCAAAUAACCUUAAUGUAAGACCAGGUCGUGUUGUUAUACUACCAUCCAAACGAAGUCCAAGACUAGAAACAGCAGAGGAUAUUGAUAGUUUAAUAUCAGCUGAAAUUCCAGAUCAAAAUGUUGAUCCUUAA